AUGUCUAUGUCUUUCCAAGCCGCCCGUCUUGCCUUUGUGGCUGCAAUUGCCUCCCUCGUUAGAGUAAACGCUGUGGAUAAUGGAUUGGCACGUACACCUCAGAUGGGAUGUAAGUUGCUCGACUGAAAGACCAGCGGAGAAUCUGUAGCUAAUAAAUUUCCAGGGAAUAACUGGAACGCCUUCGCAUGCGACGUAUCUGAAGAGCUCCUUGUCCAGACCGCCGACCUGAUAGUUGGCUAUGGUCUCAGAGAUCUCGGAUACGAAUACGUUGUUCUGGAUGACUGUUGGUCCGCUGGCCGAAAUGCCAGUAAUAACAACACCCUCAUCCCCGACCCAAUCAAAUUCCCUCGCGGAAUGUCAGCCGUGGCAGAGGACAUGCACGUAUUGGAUCUCAAGUUUGGAAUGUAUUCCGAUGCUGGAAGAUAUACUUGUGGGAUGUAUGAGGGCAGUCUUGGACACGAGACCACCGAUGCCAACACUUUUGCAUCAUGGGGUGUCGAUUAUCUGAAAUACGAUAAUUGCUACAACGAGGGCUACGCCGGAAACCAAGCCAUCAGUUCUGAAAGAUACCGCACCAUGGGAGAUGCUUUGAAUGCCACUGGUCGACCAAUCUUAUACAGUUUGUGCAACUGGGGAGAGGACUAUCCUUGGAACUGGGGCUCAACUAUUGCCAACAGUUGGAGAAUGAGUGGAGAUAUUUUCGACAUGUGGGACAAAUACGAUGCCAGAUGUCCAUGGUAUGUGCUUCUUUUUACAGAUGUCAUUCGCCUUAUGUAUGUCAUAACUAACGCAACACAGUGAAGGAAAAGAUGCUUGGAACUGCGAGCUUCCAGGUUUCCACUGCUCAAUCACAAACAUCAUGAACAAGGUCUCUUUCAUUGUCAGCAAAGCUCAACCAGGAGCCUGGAACGAUCUCGACAUGUUAGAGGUUGGCAACGGAGGAAUGACAGAUGACGAGUACGUCGCUCACUUCUCCAUGUGGAGUGUUGCGAAGAGUCCUCUUCUCAUCGGAGCUGAUAUCCGAAAAAUCCUACCCCAAGACCUUGCCAUCCUCAACAACGCAGCAGUCAUUGCAGUAAAUCAAGAUCCAAUGGGGCAAAGUGCUGGUAGAAGGUGGAUGUACGAGACCGAGGAGAAUGGCCCUGGCGCUAUCCAACUCUGGACCGGAAACUUGAGAAGUACUACUGGAGGCCGAUGGAACGAUAUGGUCGUUCUUCUCAUCAAUGGCAAGGACCGCGCAAUCGAGAUGAAUGCCACCUUGAUCGACAUCUUCAGCGACGUGCGACCAAAGGGCAAACCAGCUCAAGCUUCCAUGGCCUGGGAAGUCCGAGAUCUCUGGGCUGACCGAAUGAGUACCGAGAAGGCUGCCGCCAUCAUCGCUGCUGCCAAGGGAAACUCAACUGUUCCAUUCAACGCAACUGCUAUCGCUGAGGGAAGAUUCAACACUACCCAGACUUCUUAUGCCGAUGGAUUGAAAUCAAACAGCUCGAUCCUUUUGGGCAAGGUUAUUGGUACCGUUGAGCCUCAAGGAAAUAUCAAGGCUACCGUACCAAAGCAUGGUGCUGUUAUGUAUAGAUUGAGAGCGUUGCCUUCCGAUAGAAAUAUCGAUGAGUUGUAAUGGAAGAGAACGGCUCAUGACUUUAUGAAAAAGUAAUGAUAAU